CAAAUGGAAGUGCCGGAAGCCCAUUUAUUAAGAGAGUCUUCGAGAAAGUUCGACCCAAUUGUCUUGCCGGAGCCUGAGGUCUCACCGCUGUUCAUCUCAGUUUUGAACUCUGCGUCUCCAUUUCAGCUCCGAGUACAUACUACAUAGAAUAGAAGUUCCGUCAAUCAAACAAUAAGGAUGGCGUUAUGGAUGGAGGCAGGUUCGGAACCAAAAACUGAGAAAGAAUUGGCUGACCUCGAUGCUAUCUCCGCUCUCAAACAGUCUACCGCUGUUGAACUUAAGGAAAAAGGCAAUGAAUAUGUCAAGACAGGCAAGAAGCAUUAUUCGGAUGCUAUUGAUUGCUAUACGAGGGCAAUAAAUCAGAAUGCUUUAAGUGAUACUGAACAGUCAAUUCUCUAUUCAAACAGAGCUCAUGUCAAUCUUCUCUUGGGAAAUUAUAGACGUGCACUCCAGGAUGCAGAAGACGCAGCCAAAUUAAAUCCAAGUAAUUUUAAGGCACUUUAUAGAGCAGCAAAGGCAUCAUUUUCUCUGAAUCUGUUGGCUGAAGCAAAAGAGUUCUGUGAGAGAGGUCUUCAGCUGUCGUCAUCUAAUGAAGAACUGAAGAAGCUUGCUAGGCAGAUUGAUAUACAAAAUUCAGAAAAGGAACGGCGUGAUGCUGAAGUGUCUAAAGCAGUAUCUUCUGCUAAGGCCCUUGUUUCUGCAUUCGAAACUAGAGAAUUGAAGAUUGGGAAGGCCAUGUAUCAAGAACUCACUGGACGAAAAAAGCCAACAUUAGACAGAAAUAAUAUUCUUCAUUGGCCCGUUCUUCUGCUGUAUCCAGAGGUUAUGUCCAGCGACUUCAUAGAGGACUUCUGUGAGACUGACAUGUUUUCAGCUCAUCUUGAUAUGAUGUUUUCAGAAGGUUGUCCGCCUCUGUCAUGGGAUAAAGAAAAUGCUUACACUCGUGAUGCUAUUGAGUUGUAUUAUGAGGCUUGUGCUGGAGUCUGUUUAUCCAAGCGAGAUAUUCUUCGCUAUCUGCUGGAAGGAACAGCUGCUUCUCAUGUGGAAGACUUUGGUAAUGAGGAGAACGGUUCUGCACAGAGUUCAACCAAGGAUAGCAUUUCACAAGCGGAUGCUCCUAGAUGGGUCAAUAUUAAUGAGAAAAGAACACUUUAUGAUGUUCUAAAGGAACCGAGUUUUGUUGUUACUGGAAUCCCUGUAUUUUGGGUUGUCUCAAGGAACUCCAGCUUCCAUAAAAACUUCAAAUCGGGAAAUUGGGCUCCUCCAGAACUUGCAUGAAUUUGUGGAGUAUAGUUGCAAGUCCCUUGUGAGUUCCUAUUGACAUGUGCACAAUACACCGUUAGUUAAGUCUUUGAUAAUGUAACUUUGGUAUAGUUGAUUUUGUCCAUGUAGAGUAGAGAGAAUUAGGAUUCUUGCUCAUAUUCUGUAGACUGCAGCUGUGCAAAUCAUUAAGGUUUCAGCUGUUUGUAGGUGUAAAAUUAGGGGUAGGAGGGGAAUUGUGUUGGUGUUUACCUGUUAACAAAAUGAAACAUGUUUUAUUCAUUUAUUAAAGGACAUUAUGGGAGAGAGAGUAGUUGUGAUCAUAUAGAAGUCUAGACUGGUUAAAAUUAUGUCUAGUCACUAGUGUUGGCAACAUAGACUUGGAUAUGCAAUAACAUCAAAUGUUUCUUA